ACCGACGCCCGGCUCGCCAGCACCGACACGGCGCCGUCCCCGUCGGCCGCGUGCAGGCCCGUGCGCGAGUGAGUGACGGCGAGGGAGAGGGCCAGGUGGACGGACGGCGACAGGAGCAGAAGAAGGUCGAGCCGAAGCACCGAACGAGACGAACAUCAUGGAGGACGUCAACCAAACGUACAGCGACAACCCGGACCGGGACAGUUUGGAUGGCAACCUGCCGUCUAGCAGCCAUGGCACCAACCCGCCGCCGGCGCCACCUCUCGGACCCCUAGCCGUCCCCUCCAGCUUCACCAAGGGACCCAACGCCAAGAAGAAGCACAAAAAGCUCAAGCCCGACGACGACAAGGACAAGGACAAGGACAAGAAAAUGAAGCGCAAGGACACGGAGAGCGGCGACGCCGCGCCCUGGGACCAGACGGAGCCCUGCACACAUAUGUGGGUGGUGCUCUCCUCCAUGUACGGCAAGCUGGUGGUGCUGCUGACCAUCGCCUUCUGCCUCACUGAGGUUAUGGACAACUCGAUCCUGCCACUCACAUUCCAGGGCGUCUUCAUGAUGUACCUGUACGUGGGAAGCAUCAUCGCCAUCCUGUGCAUCUACAUCACGGUGGUGGCCGACAACAUCCCGAGCGUGACGUCCUCCAAGCAGAACCUGACCUCUGCUGACGCCGACAUCACCAGCCUGGCCAGCUUCGGCACGCUGAAGCGGGCGCACAUCUCGCGCUCCAAGACCACGCGCACCAGCUUCUACUUGCGCGUCGGCGCGCUCCUGUUCGGGUUCGGCACGUUGGUGUUCAACGGUCUGGAGAUUGCCAUGCGCUCCACCACGGACACCACCUGCAGCGGCGAGCUGUCGUUCGCCCACCCCAUCCUGCAGGCCAUCUUCACCUUCCUGCAGAUGCAUUUCCUCUUCGUCAACUCAGAGGUGGUCGUGGAGAAGUUCGGCCAGAUGGCGCGGUUCGGCUUCAUGCACCUGGUGGCCACCAACCUUUCGGUGUGGUUCCGCAUGGUGAUCUGGGACUCGGCGCACGAGUGGGUGCACUUCGUGCACCUGCACGCCCAGCCGGACCGGCCGCUGCAGUACGGCGGCACGCCCAGCCCCAGCGCCCUCCGGCUCCAGGGCUUCCCGGGCCUGAAGGACCUGGGCUACGAGGGCUACCUGGACGUGGACGGCACGACCGAGCCCACUAUCGACCGGACGUUAGACCUGCGCGACUCGGGCGUCCUCUACUAUGGGAAUCCGUACGGCGGAGGGUCCGAACAGCUGCCGGCGCCGUGUGUCAACGGCUCUGCAUUCUCCUUCACCACGGCACAUGCGCAAAGGGUGAUGCGGCUCUAUCAGUGUUACAAUAAUAACACCCUCGGUCAAAUGUGGACCAAGUCCAUGCCAUACCUGUUUCCAUUCAUCGUGGAGUACAGUCUGAUCGCCGCCGCCGUCACGUACAUCAUGUGGACGUCCGUGGGCCGGGAGCGCAGCAAGCAGUCGGAGACCAAGAAGCUGGACGAGGGCAGCACACUGGACGCGCGCCGGCGGAAGCAGUGGCGCACUGACUGCCGCGCCGCCUCCAAGGGCCUCUUCCUCGGCCUGCUCUGCCUGGUCGGCGGCAUCGUCGUCCUCAUCAUCUUCUUCGUGAUGAAGGACAGCGAGGAGUUCCAGGACCAGAUGUUCUGGCUGUCGUCCGGCACGCAGCUGGUCGUGCUCAGCCUGUCCGUGGUCAUGACGCUCGUCGGCUUCUAUCAAGUGCCGAAGCUGGCGGCGGCGCAGAAGAAGAAGCCCCUGCACCUCGACUCGAUGCUCUCCUCCGUCACCAUCAUCGGCGUGUACCUGCUCGGCAUCUUCGGUCUCAUCGUGGGCGGCAUUCAGCUGGGCGAGCCGCGCCACCUGGUGCUGUUCGUGCUGAACGUGACGCUGAUCGUGCAGACCACGUGCCAGGGCAUGCUGGUGUCGGAGGCGGUGCGGCGGCAGUGCGCCACGCGCCAGCAGCAGCAGGCCAAGCCGGGGCGCCAGGUCAUCACCUUCCUGCUCUUCUCCAACGCCACGCUCUGGAUGAUGGACACGUUUAUGUCGCACCACUGGCUCUCGCAGGAGAUGCAGUUCAACUACUACGGCUUCCUGGCCUGGGGCGUCAUCUCCAGGAUCAGCCUCCCGCUCACCAUCUUCUACCGCUUCCACCAGUCCGUCAUCCUCGUCGAGAUCUGGAAGAACACGUACAAGACGCGCACCGACUAGCGGGGGGGACGCAACCCUGACUCUGACACGAACUCCAGCGGCGGCAGCAGCAGCAGCGCCAGCAGCUGCAGCUGCAGUCAGACGUCCGAGUGCUCGCGGUGCUCGGCGUGUCUCGCGGCGCGCCUUCCGCCGCUCGGCCGCGCCGGCAGCCCGCCCUCCAUGUCGACGGACAGCAUCGACUCUGGCGCGGCGCGCGAGCUGGGCCAC